AGGAGGAGGAGGAGGACGAAGCUCGGCUGCUCCCGCUGCUGCUCCUGCAGGGAUCCGGGUUUUAAAGCGUAACAUGAAGCGGAACGGCGGCCGGGCCUGUGUGACCAGGAAGUCUCGCUUCGGCUCCCGUGAGAGGGACUGGCUGAAGGGUGACGCCCAGCGCGGGUGUGUGUGUCUGUACGGAGCCACCGAGGUCGUAACCCCGGGACCCCAGACCUCAUCCACGACCCAGCCCGACCUCAGACUGGUGCUCUGCUCCACCAGUACCACGGUGGAGGAGCUGUGUGCCCAGCGUCACGGCCAGGGCCUUUACCUGCAACUGCAUGGAGACCUGAUCAGGAGGCUGGAUUCGUCUGAGCGUCCUCUUCAGAUGGUGUACGAUUAUCUGACCACUAUGGGCUACGACGAUCCUGUGCGUGUCCAGCAUGAAGCGGCGAACUCCGACCUCAGCUGCAUGAUUCGCUUCUACACCGAGCGACCGGCAAACACUGACCAGCAGGACCGGACCCUCCUGAAGGGCGUGUUCAACGUGCGCAAGGGCAAGACUCAGCUUCACAAGUGGGCGGAGCGACAGGUGAUCCUGUGCGGCACGUGUCUCAUCGUGGCGUCCGUGAAGGACAGUCUGACGGGGAAGAUGCACAUCCUGCCUCUGGUCGGGGGGAAGGUGGAGGAAAUGAAGAGGAGGCAGCACUGCCUGAUGUUCAGCUCGGCCGGACCUCAGGCUCACACCUACUACGUUAACUUCGACACGCUGGCCGAGUAUCAGCGCUGGCAUCGGCAGGCCUCGAAAGUGGUAUCUCAGACCAUCAGCUUGGUGGAUUUGUCCUGCUACAGUCUGGAGGAGGUUCCUGAAUAUCUCUUCUACGGCCAAGACGUCACACACCUCAACCUGCGCCACAACUUCAUCAGUCUCGAGGGUCCUGGAGGUCUUUGCAACUUUAACAGGUUCACUCAGCUCAAGAGUCUCAACCUGUCUCACAACCGACUAGGCGUGUUCCCCGAGGCUGUUUGUGAAAUCCCGACUCUAUCCGAGCUCAACCUGUCCUGUAACGGUCUCGGCUCCGUGCCCGCUCGCAUCGGCAACCUCCAGAGCUUGCAGACUCUCUCUCUGGAUGGGAAUCACUUGAGCUCUCUGCCUGAUGAGCUGGGGGAUCUGGUGCAGCUCUGCAGUCUCGGGCUCUCCUUCAACACGUUCCCUCACAUCCCCGCCGUGCUGGAGAGGCUCAGCGCUGUGGACCGGCUGCUCAUGGCCGGGAACCGAGUCGAAGCCUUGGAGCUCUGCAGCCUGCUGAGGAUGAGUCACGUCAAGAACAUCGAUUUACGACUAAACGGGCUCCGCAGUGUGAAAAGUGAGACUCUGGAGCCCAUAAAGCAGCUCAUCCAGCUGGACCUGAGGGACAACCGGCUGACCGAACUGAACCUGUGCGCGACCUGUAACCUGGACACUCUGCACUGCGAGCGCAACCAGCUGGAGGCGCUCACGCUCAGCGGCUUCACGCUACGUAGCCUGUACGCCAACAAUAACCGUUUAUCUACAAUCAGCAUCUAUCCAGUUCCUAAUCAGCUGACGCACAUGGACGUGUCCUGGAAUGUUCUGGAAUGCCUGCCCGACUGGGUGUGUGACAGCAGAAAGCUCGAGGUGCUGGACGUCUCCCACAAUCUUCUGCUGGAGCUCCCGGCCAGACUGCUCAGUGGUCUGAGUCUGAGGAAGCUGCUGGUUGGCAGUAACGCGUUACAGUGUGUUCCUGAUUUACUCGAUCACAUCCCUCUGGAAACCCUCGACCUGCAGCACAACAAACUCACUGAGCUCCCGGAGAACUUCUUCUCCAAGGCCUUAAAUUUAAAAUACCUGAACGUAUCCGCCAACGCGCUGGAGACAAUCCCGCCGAGUAGCCAAACCGAGGAGAGCCUCAGCACCCUCCAGGAGCUCUACCUCACCGGGAACAACCUGAACGAGAACUGCGCCGCCCUGCUGGUGGGACACCAGAAUCUGCGGGUUUUGCACGUGGCCUAUAACCAGCUGCUGUCAUUCCCUGCCAGUAAGCUGAGCAAGCUGGAGCUGCUGGAGGAACUGAAUGUGAGCGGUAACAAGCUGAAGACCGUCCCCUCCACUGUGUCCAGCUGUAAGAGACUUCACACCCUCAUCUCACACUCCAACCACAUCAGCGUCUUCCCCGAAGUCCUCAACCUGCCCGAGAUAAAGCUGGUGGACGUGAGCUGUAAUGAGCUCACCGAGAUCCUGCUGCCCGAUUCUGUCCCGGCCACGCUGCAGGAACUCGACCUGAGUGGGAACAGCAGCCUGAUGCUGGAACACAAAACCCUCAACCUGUUCAGUCAUAUAACUACUUUGAAGCUGGACCAGAAGCCGUCUCUGACCGCGGCGGACUCGCAGGGCUCGUGUGUACUUUGGGAUCACGGCUACGCCGAGAUGAGCGGCCAGAGGAACAAGCUGUGUGUGUCCGUGCUGGCCAUGGAUCGAUUCGGGGACAGCGUGGAAGCGGUUUACGGGAUUUUCGACGGCGACCGGAAUGAGGAAGUGCCGCGGUUGCUGCAGUGCACCAUGGGAGACGUGCUGGCUGAAGAGCUGCAGCACAGCAGUGUGGACAGCGUGUACAUGUGCAACACGUUCCUCACCUCACACAGAAAGCUGGGGAUGGCGGGGCAGAAGCUCGGGGCGUCGGCUCUCCUCUGCUACAUUCACCACGAGUCCUCUGAGUCGAGCAGCUACUUCAGCCUGACCGUGGCCAAUGUAGGAACCUGCCAGGCUUUGCUGUGCCGCGAAGGCCAACCGCUGGCCUUGUCCAAAGUCCUUAGCCUGGAGCAGAGUGCUGAAGAGAUGGAGAGGGUCAAAACAGCCAAGGCAAUUAUCACUGAGGACAACAAGGUGAGUGGUGUUACCUGCUGCUCUCGGCUGUUGGGAUGCUCCUAUCUGUUCCCCUGUGUCCUUCCUAAGCCCUGGGUACGAACUGAACCGCUUUGCGCUCAGGAUGAGUUCCUAAUCUUGGGCAACAGGGCACUUUUCCAAUAUCUGUCUUACCAAGAGGCAGUGACUACUGUGCUGGCUGUCCGAGACCCUCGAGCCGCUGCCAAAAAGCUUUGCACGCUUGCCCAGAGUUAUGGGUGCAAGGACAAUGUCGGUGCAGUAGUUGUAGCUCUGCGCAUUGGCGAGGACAGUUGUACUUGUGAGCCUACGCUCUCCACAGAGGUCCGAGGACCCCCCAUACCAAACCCCAUUCCCAUAUCUGUGCCACCUCUUGACCCGGCCACUCCUUCUUCAAGUAGUGGCAUUGCCUCAGAAUUCAACAGCGAGACCUCUGCGUCUGAGGUGGGAAGUGAGGCUGGAUCCACGGCGUCUGAUGAACACACUUCUUCGGGUCCAAAUGCACGACAUGAACGCCGCUGCAGCUUGCACCCAGCUGCCACGAUUUGCAACACUGGAGGUCCUGGAAGUCUAGGGGUUGGAACUCAUCCUGCUCUGUUCCAGCGCCAACCAUCCUCCGCGACAUUUUCCAGCAACCAGUCUGACAAUGGUCUAGACAGCGACGAUGAGGCUCCACUGGAGGGCGUCAUUUCCAAUGGGAGUAAGUUGGAAGUCGAGGUGGACAUCCACUGCUGUGCUUUCCAGCUUCGCUCUGGGCGUCCGGAAAGCCCCAAGGAACUAGAUAUCCGCGGCACCAACUACACCAAUAGCAAGAUGCGCCGUCAGAACAGUGUGGUGGUGUCAACCGCUAACGGCUGCCUUCUUGCUGUCUGUGGCCGAGAGAUCUCGGACCUCAAGAAAUCUCCAUCUACGUCCAGUUUGUUUGGGAAGAAGCUCUCUAAUGGUUCUGUUGUGGCACUUGAGGACAGUCAUAACAUCAUUGAGGUAGCACUCGAAGCACCGAAGAAGAAGUCUGGUUACUUUGCAGCACCUGCCCAACAAGAUCCUGAGGAUCAAUUAAUCAUACCUCCCAGUCUUGAACAAGAUGUUCGGGAGCAGCUGAGGGGCCAAAGUCCUGUGGUUUCUGGCCCUCCGCCACCCUUACCACCUCCCACAAGCAGAGGUUCAAACUGGGAUCACCCUCACCCUGGUCUCCCUCCUGCUACCUUUCAACAGGAGGUCUACGACACUGCUCUGUAGUGGGUACUACCCGCGGUGACCUAGUGCCAUAUUGUGGAGGUGGAUGUGGUUCAUUUUGCUUUGAUUUUUAUUUUCCAGUUCUUAUUCAGCUCUGACAUUGUGUGAAGACCUGCAUGUGCUAUGUGGUGACAUCCCACUUACCUGGAGCGGUCUCUGGUAAACCUAAGAAGUGGAAAAUAUUGACAAAAAGUGCACAAAUUUCAAGAACAGUAAAACAAAAUCUUGAUAGUUGGCUGUCUAGCAAAAACCACAUGAACUAAAAUACCUCAUACACAACCUUGCAUAACU